AUUGAUUAUGUCCGAGUUAAUCAUAUACUUAAUCCAAAGAGAAUUACGUGGAAUGAAUUCUUAAAAUCCUUACAAAAAAGUGGAAUAAAUUUCAAAAUUGUUUCGAAUAAAGAAUGGUUAAAUACAUUAUUAAAAACAUCAGAAUAUCAAGAUGUGGAUAAAAAUCCAGUAGCAGCAUUAUCAGGAUUUUUUGAAAAAACUAUGAGCGAAUCCUCAAAUAGGAGUGAAGAACCAUUAUUUGAAACCCAUAAAUCAAUAAAACGUAGUUUGACACUUUCCAAUUGUCAAAAAAUUGAUGCAGAAUUAGUCAAAUUAUAUAUUAAUCAUUGGAAAAAAAUAUCAUUCUUAGAUUAG